AGUAAUACAGUGAAAAAGAUUAGAAAUCGCACACAACUUUUACACAACACACCUUUACACACAAACACGUCUCAUAAUAAACAGAGGGUUUAAGGAUUUAAUGUUGUGUGGUUCUGUGUGUAUACAGUAUGUGUGUAUGUUAGUGGAGGGCAGGAUAUAGAUCGCCUGUACAGUACCAUAAGUUUCCCUAUCUGAGGACACCCUACCUUAACCGUUGAGAUACCCUACCCUAAGACCUGUCUCUCUCUCUGUCUGCCUGUCUGUCCUCCAGGUUGAGGACCAUGGUCCUCCCUCAGCUCCUCCUCCUGCUGCUCCUCCUCGGCCCCGCCCCCCCGGCGGCGUGCGGGCGCGUCCCCGAUGAUGUCAUAACCCGGGUGGAGCUGCGGGGGGCGCCCCUCAGCCACCUGCUGCUGGACCCGCGCUCCGGCCAGCUGUACGUGGGCGGAGUCGACCACCUGCACCACCUCAGCCCCACCCUGCUGCCCCUCAGCCACGCCCCCACCGGACCCCGCCUGGACUCCCCCGACUGCCUGCCCCCCAUCCUGGCCCAGGACUGCCCCGCCGCCCGGCUCACGGCCAAUCACAACCAGCUGCUGCUGCUCGACCAAUGGGAGACGGGGGGAGACGGGGGAGGAGGGGGGAGGGGGGAGGAGAGAGGGCUCAUCGUCUGUGGGUCUGUCCUCCAGGGAAUCUGCGACCGCAGGAGCCUGGCCAACGUGUCGGAGCUGCUCUACGCGACCUCCGACCCCGUGGACACGCCAGUACGGUCGCCGCCAACGACCCCGCGCGUCGCCACGGUGGCCGUCGUCAUAACGACCCGCCAGCAGACAGGAACCGGCGGCCGGCUGCGGCUGAUGCUGGUGGGGCGGGGCUACACAGCCGCGGCCCCCGGGGACGUGCCGCCCGUCACGGCCCGCCGCCUGGCGCCGACGCCGCCCCCCCGCCUGGCCUUCUCCCAGGAGGAGGAGCUCGGCAAGCUGGUGGUGGGCAGCUACUCCGAGUACAACAACCGCUUCGUGUACGCCUUCCGGCACGGCGCCCACCACGCGCACUACUUCCUGCUGGCGCGCCGCGACACGCGGCACCGGAAGGAGUACCUCAGCUCGUGGGCGCGGCUGUGCGUGUCCGACCGCGGCUUCUACUCCUACGUGGAGCUGCCGCUGCUCUGCAAGGGGGGUUACAACCUGGCGCGGGGGGCGCGGCUGGCCCCCGACCUGGCCCGCCCCGCCCUCUUCGUCACCAUGGCGAAGGGGCAGGCCUCGACGCCGGUGGCGACGGACCACUCGGCGCUCUGCGUCUACGGCAUGGCGGAGCUGGACGAGAUGCUGAGCCGCACGCAGGAAGUGUGCUACUCGCAGGAAGGAAGGGGGAGCAGCGGGCUGGAGGAGGCGUACAUCGAGUACGCCGUGUCCUCGGUGUGUCUCCGCCCUCCAGCGGGUUCUGUAUCUGAGUACCCCUGCGGGGGGGAGCACACCCCCAGCCCCAUUGCCAGCUCUAUCCCUCUUCCGGCCACGCCUACCAUUACCAUGACAACACAGUUGACAGCCAUCACCACGGCAACGGAGGCGGGCCACACUAUAGCACUGCUAGGAGACAAAGAGGGAAAUCUACACAAGGUCCUAGUGGGUUCUGAUUGGUCAGGCAAGCUGUAUGACAGUGUUCAAGUGGACCAGGGUUCUGAAGUCAGAGAGCUCCUAUUGGACAGAACCCGAGAGCAUGCCUACGUCCUCACCUCCAGCAAGGUGUCAAGACUCCCUGUGGCGUGGUGUGAGAGACAGACAGGCUGUCAGGCCUGUCUGUCUCUCAGGGACCCCUACUGUGGCUGGUGUGUUCUGGAGGGAAAGUGCUCUCGACAGCAUGAGUGCUCGCGCAACUCGUCCAACCAUUGGCUCUGGAGCUUCGAAACGACCAAUCAAUGUGUGUCCAUUCAGAAGGUGGAGCCAGCCAAUCACAGCAGAGAUGAGCGAGUACAGGUAACGCUGACCGUAGCCCACCUCCCCACCCUCUCGGAGCAAGACGCGUUGUCCUGCGCCUUUGGGCUCCUCCCACGACAGCAGACAGUCGUCACGGGUACCACUAUCAACUGUCAAUCACCCUCACCAGAACUCCUCCCAGCACGACCUACAGGAAGUGAUCACCUGACCCUGCCCGUGUCUCUGAUGUUCGGUCAUGUGACCAUCGCCUCCACCCACAUGACCUUCUACGACUGUGGCGCCGUAGGGCAGCUCAACACCAGCUCCCCGUGCAUGGCGUGUGUAUCCAGUGUGUGGGAGUGUAACUGGUGUCCUCUGGACCAGACCUGCUCCUCUGACCCCAGCUGUCAGCACGCCCUGCACAACCACAAGGUGCAGCCCGGGUCUGUGGCGUCCUGUCCGGUCAUCGUGUCUCUGCUGAGCUCCGCCCUCGUCCCGACCGCCUUCCCCACCGCCCUGAGCCUGUUGGGCCGCAACCUGGACCUCUUCCCUGGGGAGGCUGACUAUGUGUGUGUGGUCGUCAUAGAAGGAUUUCCGUUUUAUCUCAACGCUACAGUGGAGAAAACAGAUGACCCACACGCACACAUCUUCACCUGUAGUCCACAUCAGUUCCAGUUCUCCAUCAAACAGUUGGAGUAUUCUGCUCCAGUUUAUCUGAAGAGAAACGAGGUCCGCAUCGACACUCUGCCUACCCUGUCUUUCAGGCUUUAUGACUGCUCAGCCGGCCAAUCAGAUUGCUCCCAGUGCCGGGCGGUGCCUGAGGCCUAUGGGUGUGUCUGGUGCACAGGAUCGGAGUCCUCUUCCUGCGCCUUCAACCAAUCCUGUGCUGGCAUCCCAGCUGACACUUGCCCGCCCCCACACAUCACAGAGGUGGUCCCGGUCUCCGGUCCCUUGGAGGGGGGGGUCCUGGUGACCAUCUGGGGGUCUAACCUUGGGGUCCGGCCCCAGGACCUGGAGGGGGGGGUCAGCGUGGUGGGGGAACCCUGCACCCCCAAACCGGACAAGUACCUCAUCUCUACCAGGAUUGUGUGUGAGUUACAGCCUGCUGUCGGGCCGAAGGAGGGUCCAGUCCUGGUUACUGUGGGAACACAUCGUCCUGGAAGAUCAAGCCAACUUUUCACUUACCGGGACCCCCAGGUCGUGGCGGUGGUCCCCUCUCAGGGUCCGGUCUCUGGGGGGACUCUGUUGACCAUCCAGGGCCAGCGGCUGCUCACCGGACUGACCUCCGACCUCACGGCCUACGUGGGCCUGCAGCCCUGCUCUCUGGUGGAGCAGGUGAGUGACAGCCGUCUGGUGUGUCGGACGGGGCCCAGCGAGGGGUCAGCUGACGUCCCGGUGCGGAUCGUGAUUGGUCGGUCUGAGAGAACCGUAGCCGACGCCCUCUACCGUUACCUCGACGACCCGGUGAUCACCGACGCCUCGCCAUCAGAGAGCUUCUAUGAGGGAGGGCGGGUCAUACAGGUGAUUGGCAGCAGUCUCGAUGUAGUCCAGCAGCCAAUCAUUUGUGUUGGGGUGGAGCCUCUACCGGGCCAGCGUGUCAAACGGACGAGCCGAUUGGCUUUCCUGACCGCCAAGCAGCAGGUCUUCAACGGCAGCACGACGGUGGUCACGGGGUCGUGCAGGGUCGUGACCUCUAGGCAGAUGGAGUGUGUGACCCCCAGGUUGAGUCCGGAGGUCAGGGUCACUGGGGUUUGGUUCCAGAUGGACAACGUCCAGAUCCACUACCACUCCAUCAAGGGUCAGGUCUUCUCCUAUCACCCCAACCCAGAGCUCUUCGUUCUGAACAGAGAAACUCCGGACGUUCCGUACCGCUUCAAACCCGGGGGGGUCAUCGCUAUUCAGGGCGUGGGCCUGACCCGGGCCGUGUCGCGGGGGGAGGUGGUGGUCCGGCUGGGUGAUGAGGAGUGUGAGGUGAAGACUCUGGACGACACGCAUCUGUACUGCGAACCCCCAGAGGAGCAACCCAGCAGCCUGACCGCCCUGGACCUGCCCAGCCUCACGGUGGGGCUGGGGAACCUGCAGGUGGAUCUCGGCGUGGUCCAGUAUGACUCUUCUCUCUCUCCCAUCCCAUUGGCUGCUCAGCUGGGGCUGGGGGCGGGAGCUGCUGUAGUCGUCCUAUCAGUGUUGGUCGUCAUUCUCAUGUACAGGAGGAAGAGUAAACAGGCUCUGAGGGAUUAUAAGAAGGUUCUGCUUCAGUUGGAAACUCUGGAGAUCAACGUUGGAGAUCAGUGCCGAAAAGAGUUUACUGACCUGAUGACGGACAUGACGGACCUCACCGAUGUGGGCGGGCCUUCCCUGCCCCUGUUGGACUUCCAGAGCUACGCCCAGCGCGUCUUCUUCCCCGGCCAGCAGGGGGCGCUGCUCAGCCAGAAGCUGGACGUCCCAGAGACCCGCAGAGCGGCCGUGGAGCAAGGGCUGAGUGGGCUGCACAAACUGCUGAACAACAAGGCCUUCCUCAUUAAGUUCAUCCACACCCUGGAGGCCCAGCAGGGCUUCUCCCAGAGGGACCGCGGCUACGUGGCCAGCCUGCUCACCGUGGCGCUCCACGACAAGCUGGAGUACUUCACGGAGGUGAUGAAGACUCUGCUGCAGCACCUCGUCCUGCAGUACGCCUCCAAGAACCCCAAGCUCAUGCUGCGACGGACCGAGACGGUCGUAGAGAAGAUGUUGACCAACUGGAUGUCAAUCUGUCUCUACUCCUUCCUCAAGGAGGUGGCGGGGGAGCCUCUCUACAUGCUCUUCAGAGCCAUCAAGUACCAGGUGGACAAGGGCCCCGUGGACGCCGUGACCGGCAGGGCCAAACGCACGCUGAACGACAGCCACCUGCUGAGAGAGGACAUCGACUACCGCCCCAUGACUCUCUCAGUGUUGGUGAAGAACGAUGAGGACGUCCAGCCCUGUCCUGUUAGAGUGCUGGACACUGACACCAUCACCCAGGUGAAGGAGAAGAUCCUGGACCAGACGUAUAAAGGAGCAGCCUUCUCCCAGAGACCGAGUGCCCAUGCCCUGGACCUAGAGUGGCGGUCUGGCCAGGCAGGUCACCUGACCCUCUCAGAUGACGACGUCACCGCUAUUGUUCAAGGUCGCUGGAAAAAACUCAACACCCUUCAACACUACAAGGUCCCUGACGGAGCCACGGUGGCCCUGAUCCCCGCCUCCCAGGCCUCCACCAAGGGGAGCGUCCACCAGGUCUACCAAACCGCCGAGAAGACGCCCAUCCUGGAGGAGGAGGAGGAGGUGCGCCUCUGGCACCUGGUGAAGAGCAGCGAGGAGCCGGACGCACCGAGGAGGAGCAGCAUGAGGGAGAGGGAGCGGGCGAAGGCCAUCCCGGAGAUCUACCUCACCAGGCUGCUCUCUAUGAAGGGAACGCUGCAGAAGUUCGUCGACGAUGUGUUCGUAGCGAUACUGAACACCAAGCGGCCUCCGCCCAUCGCCGUCCGCUUCUUCUUUGACUUCCUGGAUGACAUGGCGGAGAAGCACGCCAUCGACGACCCGGAGACGGUCCACAUCUGGAAGACCAACAGUCUUCCUCUGAGGUUCUGGGUUAACAUCCUGAAGAACCCCCAGUUCGUGUUCGACGUCCAGGUGACGGACAGCAUCGACGCCGUCCUGUCAGUCAUCGCCCAGACGUUCAUAGACUCCUGCACCACGUCCGAGCACAAAGUGGGCCGGGAUUCCCCCGUUAAUAAACUGCUCUACGCGCGGGAAAUCCCCCGAUACAAACAAAUGGUGGAGCGUUAUUACAGCGACAUUCACAGUGCAGCUUCUGGCUGUUACCAGGAGAUGAACUCCACCCUCACAGGACUAUCAGGGAGUUUUGCAUCAGAGAUGAGCAGUCUUGUGGCGCUUCAUGAACUCUACAAGUACAUCAAUAAAUACUACGACCAGGUGAUGUCCUCUCUUGAUGAGGACAGCGGAGGUCAGAAGAUGCAGUUAGCCUACAGACUACAGCAGGUCGCAGCCCUACUGGAGAACAAGGUCACUGACCUCUGAUCAGCCUACUGAAAACAAGGUCACUGACCUCUGACCUCUCUGAUCAGCCUGCUAAGGUUCUUCUGAUUACAUUGGGUGACCUUCACCAAGGUUGAACUCUGACCCUCAACAGACCCAUAAUUCUGAUUGGUCAACAAACAACCAAUUAAAAUCUGCUAUUUUCUGUGAGGAAGGGGGAUUGCUAGUAUUAUAACGACAUUCUCCUGAAAUACAACCAUUACUACAUAAUCCUGAAACACUAAGACUACUACUUACUACUAAAAUACUAGUACCAGCACUACUUACUCCAGAAAUACGAGUAUAAUUACUACUACUACUUGCUACAAAAAUGGUAGUACUAAUGCUAUGUACUCCUGAAUCUAGUAGAAUUACUACGACUACUACUACAACUACUUACUACUAAAAUAUUAGCAUUUCUACUACGUACUCCUGAAAUACUUGUGGUGUACUACUCAGUACUCCUAAAAUACUUGUGCUAAUGGGAUGUACUCCAGAAAAACUACUGCCAAUACUACGUACUACUGAGAUACUAGUACUACAUUGACAUACUCCAAAAUUACUACUGCCACGUGCCAAGUUUAUUAAGGUACCACUCAUUGAAUACUGCUACAGCACUGCAGUUUAUUCAGAUUCCGUACUACUAGUAGACUAGCAGACUAGUAGUUUAUAUAUUUCAUUGACUUGAGACAAUCGAAUCGAAGUCAGGGCUGCUGUGAAAAAUCUCCCAGAAGUCCUUGUUGCAGGGUCAUGUUUUCUAUGAUCGUAGAUUUCGACAUUUUUCUAAGAUCGUAGACUUGGACAGUUUUCUAAGAUUGUAGACUUGGACAAUUUUCUAAGAUCAUAGAAUUUGACAUUUUUCUAAGAUCAUAGAAUUUGCCCGUUUUCUAAGAUCGUCGACUCUGACAGUUUUCUAUGAAAGUAGACUUGGACAGUUUUCUAAGAUAGUAGACUUUGACUGUUAUUUUUAAGGUUAGGGCUGGAGAUACAUCCAGUAUUUUAUGAUAAUGUUUACUGACGUGUGAAAAAUCUCCAGACAAAAGGGAACAUUUAGCAAUAUGCUAGUAAGAAGGUAGGCCCCCAACUCAAUGUGAGAAAGGAGAGUAAAUGAUUGCGUGUAAAUUAUUUAUUCUUAGGAAAUCACACAUGUGCCUUUUUCUUUCAUUACCAACUCAUUACUGAAUUUUCAGUAUUCUGCCUGACUGCCUGUCUGUCUUCCUGCCUGUAGAUCUGUCAGCCUGUACGCUGUGAACUGCAAUUAUAUCCCUCUCAUCCAGACUGUGUGUGUGUGUGUGUGUGUGUGUGUGUGUGUGUGUGUGUGUGUGUGUGUGUGUGUGUGUGUGUGUGUGUGUGUGUGUGUGUGUGUGUGUGUGUGUGUGUGUGUGUGUGUGUGUGUUUGUGGGGUGGGGGUGGGUGUUUGGGCGGAUGGAUGUGUUAACUGGGGUGAACUAAUUUUGUGCGUUGAGCUUUGUGGAUUCCAAUUCCUGUGUUCUACUUCCUGUGUUCUACUUACGGUUUCCUACUUCCUGUGUUAUACUUCCUGUUUCCUACUUCCUCUGUUCUACUUACGGUUUUCUACUUCCUGUGUUCCACUUCUAACUUUCAGUACUUUACCUGCACAUUCUUUACCUGCCUGUAGUUUAAAGAUAUAACUCUAUACCUUCAUGAAUAUAUAACUGUAUAUUCUAGUUUAACGAUAUAACUAUAUAUCGUUAUACUAUAGAGCGAUAUAGAGGAAGAGAUCUGACCUCUAUAUGGCUCUAUAGUAUAACGAUAUGACUCUAUAUCUUAGACUAUAGAGCGAUGUAGUGGUAGGAUCUCGGCCCCUAUAUCCUAUAUAAAGAGGUCCUACCAGACAGCAUCUUGAUAUCUUCCUGUUGUUAAGCCGUUCUCUAUUUGCAUGGUCAACAUUACGUUGCUAUCAACAUUUAUUUUCCCUUUUGGAUCCAAUAGAUGACAGUAGUAUAUACCAGUUUGUAUAUACUGUAACUGUAGUAGAUUCCAGUACAUAAAUACUGUAGUACAUACCAGUAUGUAUACCAGUAAGAGAGAUACAGAGCGAGAGGGAGGUUGGAUUGUGAGAGAGAGAGAGAGAGAGAGAGAGAGAGAGAGAGAGAGAGAGAGAGAGAGAGAGAGAGAGAGAGAGAGAGAGAGAGAGAGAGAGAGAGAGAGAGAGAGAGAGAGAGAGAGAGAGAGAGAGAGAGAGAGAGAGAAGGGGUGGGGGGCUGUAAAGACUGCAUGGAGAUAGGUUAUUCAGACCUUCUCCAGUCAGAAGGCCAUUUUUUUAUUUAAUGUUUUGCAAGGGAAUACUUUUUUAAUGUCAUUUGCCUUGAACAGUUCAGUGUUUUUUAUGGUUAUUGUGUAAAGCUUGCUAGCAUGGUGUGGAUAUUGUAAAUAGCUGUUGUAUAGUAAGAAUAAACGUUUGAAUAUGUUUCUCUUUUUUCUUCCAUGAAAAUGUUUACAAUUCGAAGAUCCAAUGAAUAAAAUUCUAAUUUUAAAAUCUC